AUGUGGGUGGUCUUUGUGAAUCAAGUAAGGCGCACGCAUGAUGGAAUUGAUGUAUCGAGCCGUGGACGCUGGUACUUAAAUGCGAACAAGCUCCGGUGCAAGCGGGCUCGGUCGCUUGCGUAUAUGACUGUUGUUCGCAGCUUGCCACGGCCACCGGGCUUCUACGUGACGACGCAGGAUGGUGACACGCUUGCGAGUAUCGCGUCACGCUAUGGCAUUGACGCGAAACGUGUUUGGGAGCUGAAUAACCGCGCUUCGCGUUUAGAGUUUAAGCGUGGCAAGUUCCCAUUUCUCCCUGGUUUGAAACAGCACGAGGUUUCGAGGCAAGCGCCUUCAGGUGGCGUAUCCCUAGAGGAGGCGCUGGAGCGGCCACUAUGUUCUGGGCAACGCAUCUUUGUACCGAAUGAAACAGUUGCACAGACUGCAAAAGGCGGUAACCUCCAUGGGGCUUCCUUGCGCCAAACGGCACCUCCAAAAACAGUCGAAGCACCUCCGGUUACCCGGACGUUUGUUCCUCCCAAGGCACAGACCACUCCGCAACAGAAAUCUUCAGCAGCGAUGGGUGCUCCAUCCGCGCCACCGGCCAAGGGUGUCCCGGUUGUAGAGCAGCAGGCACUGCCGCCGUCACCACCAUUACAGGGUACGCUCGUUGGCUCGGUUGGGACAACGGAUUUCUUCCUGGGCGUCUUCGCGGUGCUCGUUGGAUUUUAUUCGGCGAAGAUGAUGCUGCCGCGGUCGAAUACCGAACCCGGAACGCAGCCAAAGACCUCACUCCUAAAGGCCUUGUAUAAGAGGCUCGUGGGCUUUCUACAGGCCAUGAUUACUGUUGCUGUUUUGAUUGGGCUCGCGGCAGGCGCGCUAGGCGCUCGCCUCCGAGCGGCGCUGCUGUUCAUCUUUAACGCCUGCACGAUACUCUUACGUGGCGUAUCGCAGAUGAUCGUCCUCUUCGGCCAGUUCAUGUGCGGCAUGCUCGGUGUCGUGGCGCUUGCGGUUCAGGGUGUCGUUCAACUGUUCCAACGGCUUGCGCAGGCGGCAUUCUUGCUGAUCGCGUCGAUUUUUUUGGUUACGUGGCAGAGCGCGGUACGUCUCUGGUCGGCAGCCUCUACGCGUUCGAGCGCAGUACUAGAGAACAUCACCCAGCGCGGGCUGUCACCAUCGCUGCCCUCGGCGGAAACAGGAUUGUGGUCUGUACCAGAUGAGCGCUCUUCCUCCGUCGACCAGACGGCAUCCGAGUCGUUCUUUGGGCUCAUUCGGCAAUUUUUCUCGCGGGAUUCGGGAAGCGAUCUCAUUCGCUGCGUUCUUCGUGAACGCACCCAGAUCUCGGACGCCUUCGUUCGAAUGCGAUUCGAUCUUCCGGGACCCGACGACCAGCUAGUUCUCCAGAUGGGUCAACGCAUCGAAGUGCAUGUUCAGAAAAGCCGCCAAAGUCUCUGGAGUGACGUUCAGCCCCUUGAUCAAGCGGAAUCUUCUUGUGGGCUUGGAGCAAUCAGGCCGCACCUGCUAGCGGUCGCCAGUGAUCGCCAUCAGCCUGGUAGCUUCGAGAUCAUAGUGCCCGUGUCGCACGCACUGCAGCAAGUGCUUUGGGAAGCGAGCGACGCAGAUAAUGCGACGCAUUCGGCUGCCGCUGCUCCAAUGGACGCCGAGUACGAUGGUGCUUUCAGUACAGGAAGCGAUGUCCAGGUCCUGGAGCGGCCAUCUACCUCCGACCACGUAUUCUCGGCGACGUGCAGUGCAAACAAUGACGAGUUCGACGAGCAUUUCCUAAUCGCGCUUGAAUCCCUUGUGGAAGGUGUUGAUGCUAUCCGCGUUCGACCAGCCCCGAAUACGGAGCUCAUCUACCGUCGCGCGAUGAAUCCCUCCGCUGGGACCGUUGUGGUGCAUAACGUUGUGCUCUUAGCAUGCGGUCUGGGCAUUGUAUCCGCGGUGCGCAUCGCCGACGAACUCCUACAAGACUCCGAGUCCGCGGUGAGCCGCAUCACGCUAAUCUAUUAUAACGAGCGCGCCCGAGAUUUCAUCCUCCUCGACGACUUGGAGCGCAUGAGCAAAGACCAUGGUGAGCGAUUCCGCCUCCAUUGUGUUUGGAAUGAGAACGCUGGCGCGUACCUUGCCAGCACAGGAUUCCCCCGAGCUGCAACGGCUUCCGCUGGUGCGGGUACAAGCGCAACCGUCGCUGCCGCCGCAGCCAGACGCAACGGCUACGGCCGUGAAAGACGCGCGGCACAGCCGGUGCCUGCUACCGUCCGGGUGAUAUCGGCCAUACCAGCGUGGACGGAAGGUACAAUGGCCAUUAUCAGCGGGAACGAGUCAUUCUCCCAAGAAAUGUGGUACGCCUUGGGGGACUCGGGUUACCCGGAGGACGCGAUCACCUUCAUAUAA